UUAGGAAGAUCCAGGGGCGGGAUACAAAAGAGCGCGCGGGCAACGAUCCAGGUGUGGGUGGACUACGACUGCGAAACGAUGUAGUUGUAUAUAUGCGGUAAAAAAAAAAAAAAAAAAAAACGUCGAUGACGUCGAUAUUGUAGGUACCCUCAAUAGCGUUAUAUGUUGUGUACAGUGGGACGACGACGUUUUCACGCAGGACGGCGGCGCAGCGUCUAGGGGAGCCUGCCAGGUUCCUCGUCAGUUCCACUCGUGCACUAGUACGUCCGGCGCUUUCGCUCGUGUACCAAAGAACAAAACACGUUCGAAUCGCGGCGAAUUCAUAUACAAAAAAAAAAAUAGAAAAAAAAAAAAAAAAAAAAAUUUCCCGCUAUAUAAAAAAGAAACAUUGAAAAAAAAAGAUUUUCUUUUUUUUUAAUAAGUCGGAGUGAAUUUUGCGAAAAAAAUUUUGCAAAAUUGAAAAUUCUGAUUGAAAAACGUGAAACACGGAGUGAAUAGAGUGUGUCGAUUUCCGUCAUAGUGGUCCACGAUCGGAUUUCUCCAUCCGGUAAUCCUCGGGAUUUCGGAGUCACUGCUCCCUUUUCGCUAAACGCUGCGUUAUAAACCGGAAUGCGCGAUCGAUGCGCGUCAUUUCGAGUAAGUUGACUAGAUCGAUUUUUAUUCGCGAGUGAUUAUCGCCAAGAGUGAAAAUUAUUAUUAUUAUUAUUGAUGGUGCUUUCGUGAUAUGAAAAAAAUGUUUUUCAUCAGCAAUUAAAUUAUAUUAUUAUUAUUAUUAUUAUUGCUGUACUCUUAUUGAAAAAUAUAUAUAAAUAGUGUUCAAUUGUGAAAGUGAAAUGAAAUUGUCAAAAAUUGGAUAGAUUUAUUUUGAAUCUAUCGAGAGUUUGCAAAAAAAAAAAAAAGUUUUGUUUUUUGUUUCAAAAAAAGGAGAGAAGCAAAAAAAAAGGGGUAGGAGGGAAAAAAAAAGAUAAGAAGAGAAUCGAUACGCUUUCAGCUCGCACCUAAAAUGGGUUGUUUUGGGAGUAAAGACAAAUUGAGUAAGGAGGAUAUGGACUUCCUCAAGUCGCAUACGAGAUACGAUGAAGCGACUAUCAAAGAGUGGUAUAAAGGAUUCAAACAAGACUGUCCAAAUGGUAGGCUUACACCUGCUAAAUUCGUUGAUAUGUACAAAAUGUUUUUCCCAUCGGGGAAUGCCGAAGAAUUUUGUGACCAUGUUUUCCGUACAUUUGACAUGGACAAAAAUGGCUACAUCGACUUUAAGGAAUUUUUACUUGCAAUCGAUGUGACGUCGAGUGGAACGCCAGAAGAAAAAUUAAAAUGGGCGUUUCGCAUGUACGAUGUUGAUGGGAAUGGCGUCAUUGACAUUCAGGAAAUGACGAAAAUUGUACAGGCGAUAUACGACAUGUUGGGCGCAUGUUCAAGUAACAGGCCUGCUGAUAGCGCGGAGGAAAGGGCGAAGAAUAUUUUUGCAAAAAUGGACGAAAAUAAUGACGGCCAAUUAACACAGGAAGAAUUUCUCAAAGGUUGCUUGCAAGAUGAGGAACUAUCGAAAAUGUUGGCUCCUUAAUCUCGGCACGUUACAUUCGAAGAUGACGUAUCUGUAUCGUCUUUCUAAAAACAAAAAACAAAAAAAAACAAAAAAACAA